CGCGCAUGACAUAAUAUUUAAACGAUAUUCACUGACAGAAGCCGACUUGUUUGAUACAAGCAAAGCUCCGGAACGAACGCAUCUGUCAAUUAAUUUUAAUUUUUUUUUUGUUUUGUGAUAAAAUAGUGCCUUUGCAAUACAUUCAGAUCUCAGGGGAUAAUAAUUUUAAGACAAGCAUUAUGGUCAAUCAAGUUACGUCCAUCUCUUUUAGCAUUGAAAAUAAUUCUCAUUCAAAAGAAGAGACAGCCGAUUAUGAAAAAGCAUUAAAACUUUGUGGAUAUGGAAGCUUUCAUUACAAAUUUGUUUUUGUGUGCGGAAUUAUGUUUCUUUCUGCUGGACUUCAAAAUGGUGUAAACGCCUAUAUUUUACCGGCAGCAGGAUGUGAUUUACAACUAUCGUCUGAAGAAAAAGGAUUUUUAAAUGUAGCGUUCUUAGUUGGUGGUGUGGUCAGUUCAUUAGUUUGGGGUAUAGCUUCAGACGUAUACGGACGAAAAAAUAUACUUUUAGGAACAUUAAUGGCUGACAGUUUUGUUUGCUUGAUGGCAAGCUUGUCACAGAGUUUCACAAUGCUUCUGUGUUUUAGAACAAUCAGUGGAUUCACCAUUGGUGCGCCUGGUGCCCUUGUAUUUGCCUACUUGGGAGAGUUUCAUUCAGAAAAACAACGUUCAAAAAGCAUUUGUUACGUUGGAUUUUUUUGGACUAUUUCUUGGUUAAUAUUACCUGGUUUAGCAUGGAUAAUUAUUCCAUUAACAUUUUCACUGAAGGUUUAUGGAUAUAUUUUUAACUCGUGGCGGCUAUUUCUACUAUUAACUGGCAUACCCUCAUUUAUUAUAUCUUUCAUAGGUAUGAAUUAUCCGGAAAGUCCUAAGUUUUUGCUGGCAAAAAAUAAACCCGAAGAAGCUCUUAGAGUGUUAAGAAAAAUCUAUGCUGGAAACACUGGUCGCGAUGAAAGUGAUUAUCCAGUAAAGUAUCUUAUUAAUGAUGACGGUUUAAUUUUAAAUACAAAAGGAAAAGAAUCCGAAGAGGAAGAAUUUAAUUUAACAAAAUUUUUGAAGAACAUUUGGAAACAAAUUAGAGCUUUGUGUAGCCCUCCACUAUUAAAAUAUAUUUUUCUUAGUUGUUUAAUAUUUUUCUUAAACAUGUUUGGUUAUUAUGGUCUUGGUCUUUGGUUACCUGAAUUGUUUAAUCGUUUUGAGUCGCAUUAUAAACAUCAUCCAAAUAUUUCCGUAACUGUUUGCGAAUUAAUAAAUAACGCAAAUAAAAGUGAUGUUUUAAAUCUGAGUAAACGAGACCUUUCUUGCACCGGAAUGAAUGAGCAGGUGUUUGUAAAUACAUUAAUUAUCAACGCAAUUUGUUUAUUGGGAAAUAUAACUUCUGGCUUUCUCGCUGAUCGAGUAGGACGGCGUACAAUACCAGUGACGACAAUGUUAGUAGCUGGCAUUGCUAGUUUAGCAAUUUAUUUUGUAAGAACAUCUCUACAAAAUCUCAUUGUAUCUUGCAUAUUUUCUCUUGCAAUUGCAACAGCAAAUUUUGCCCUAAGUGGUGCUGUUGUUGAUAUUUUUCCAACUCAUGUUGGAGCAAUGGCUAUUUGUUUAUCCGUCUGUUUUGGCAGAAUAGGUGCAAUAGUUAGUAAUUUAAUUUUUGGAAUGCUCCUGGACAUUAGUUGUGAUAUUCCAAUUUUCUUGGUUGCGUCUAUGGUCCUACUUGGUGGUUUUCUGGGAUUCCUGAUUCCUCAAUCCAAAAGUUGAAUAUAGCCCUCGACAUUUUUAAAUAUUUUUGGGACGUCGACAAUGUGAAGAGAAGAAUCUGUUAGCUACAGAACAUGACUUAAAAGUCUGAUUUCAUUGAUGUUUAGACUUGAUAAUACAAAAGUAUUGUUUGAAUAUCAUAUAACACAAAAAAACAGUGCCUAAAAUAAUAAUUUGUUGUAGAAGAAUAUUUGUGAUACUCUCAGACUAAUAUUAGAAUAACUUAUAUGUAAAUUCUCAUACACUUUCACUUAGCGUACUUCAUUUCUCAUAUUAUCAACAUUUAUGUGACAAGAUAGCUAUUUAUUAUUGUAUUUUAAUUUUGGACAGAUUACCCAAAAUGAUUUUUAGUUAUUAAAAUGUUUCAGUUAAUAAUACAAUUGUCUACAAGUUAUUAAUAAUUAUUAUCGUACAAAACAAUUACAACAAUAAAUACUUUAUCAUUAUUGAAA